AUGUUUGAUGUUACUUCAUCAAUAAAUGUAUCUCAGCCACGUCGAAUACAAUUUGUAACGGAAUAUUUUGUCGAUCAAGAAAAAUAUUUUUUCUUAAUUUUAUUACACGUAAACGCAGCAUUUUGUAUAGGAACAAUUGCAACAAUAGCAGCAGGAACAAUGCUCAUUGGAUAUCUUCAGUUUAUUUUCGGAAUGUUCAAAAUUUCUUGUUAUCGUAUUGAACGCGCAAUAAAGAUCCUUAUUCCGCAAAAUAUUAUUUUAAAAAAUAAAAUUUUAAAAUCCGAAAAUUUAAUAUGCGCUGUAGAUAUUCAUCGAGAAGCAAUGAGAUUAUCUAAGUAUUUGGUAACUAGUUUUGAGAUAAUGUUCCUCAGUUUAACAGGAGUCUUUAUCAUUUCCUUAUGUUUCAAUUUUCUUCGGAUCUUUCAGAUUGCGUCGUCCGGAGAAGCUGUUAGGGAAGCUUUUCUUCCUGUUAUAUUUAUAUUUGCUAAUAUCAUGUACUUAUUUAUAUGCAACUUUUUUGGACAAAAUAUCAUAGAUCACAAUAGUCAAGUUUUCAUUACUGCAUACAGCGUUCAAUGGUAUUUAGCUCCUUUGAACAUCCAAAGAAUGAUACUCUUCUUAUUACUAAAAGGCGCCAAAGAUUUUACUAUAAUUGUUGGUGGAAUAUUGGUUUCAUCGAUCGAAUGCUUUGCUACGUUGAUAAAAGCUUCAAUAUCUUACUUUACUGUCGUGUUAUCUAUGCAAUGA